CGAAUCGCCAUCGCCGAACUGCAGUUCAGAUUAGAGGAAAAAUCUCUCGCGUUCGGUUGUAGGUACAAAACCCUACGUUUUUUCGUCAUGUUGUGCUAGGCGAAAGUUUUUGUGCAGUGAAACGUUUGUAGAAAAUUAUGUGUAAAACCUAGAAUUAGCACCAAUUUGUGUUAAUUUAUGUCAAGAAAUAUGGAUUAAGACGUGAAGUUCUUGUUUUACGUGUCAAAAAACAGUGAAGAAAUGAUCGUGUACUAGUUUCCUGAAGCAGCCGAUAACAGCUACGAGCUCGGUUGCAAUCGAAAAAGCUAGCUAGCCAGAAAGUGAAAAACCCGAAGAGUGUAACUGUGAAGUUUUGAAAUUAACAGUGAAAAUAGUAUAAAAACGUGCGUGAAAUAGCUUGCGCUGUUGUCGAUUUAGACGCGAAUAAUUAUAAAAAAUGGGUGAGGUGAAAAUACAAGUGUUUCGGCCAACGUGGGAGGAGUUCAAGGAUUUCCCGAAGUACAUCGAAUACAUUGAGUCCCAGGGCGCGCAUCGGGCAGGAUUGGCCAAGAUAAUACCACCACCGGAAUGGAAGCCUAGAAAAAAGGGCUAUGAUCUCGACGGACUCAAUCUUACUAUCCCGGCACCUAUUUGCCAGGUUGUUGCAGGGAAGCAAGGCCUCUAUCAACAGAUCAAUAUCCAGAAAGGAUCGCUCACAGUGAAGCAAUUUGCUGAGCUUGCCAAUACUGAAAGAUAUGCUACACCGAAACACUUUGAUUUCGAGGACUUGGAACGGAAGUACUGGAAAAAUAUCACAUACGUUGCACCAAUAUACGGCGCUGAUGUUUGCGGAAGUAUAACGGACGAUGAUUGUAAUAUUUGGAACAUAAAUCGUCUUGGGACGAUCCUGGAUUACGUCAACCAAGAUUAUGGCAUCUCGAUCGAUGGAGUUAACACGGCUUAUCUCUAUUUUGGCAUGUGGAAGACAACGUUUGCAUGGCACACAGAAGACAUGGAUUUGUACUCGAUUAAUUAUUUGCAUUUCGGUGCACCUAAAACGUGGUACGCAGUCCCUCCUGAACACGGUCGCAAACUGGAGAAGUUGGCAAACAGUUGCUUCCCGGCGAGUUUCCAGACAUGUGCAGCUUACUUGCGCCACAAAAUGACCCUCAUCAGUCCACAGAUUUUGAAGCAGCAUAACAUCCCAUUCGAUAAAAUAACACAGGAGGAAAAUGAAAUCAUGAUUACAUUUCCUUUUGGGUAUCAUGCUGGCUUCAACCAUGGAUUCAACUGCGCGGAAUCAACCAACUUUGCGUUACCUCGUUGGAUCGAGUAUGGAAAAAGAGCUACUCAGUGCUACUGUAGCUCCGAUAUGGUCAAAAUCUCGAUGGAUACAUUCGUCAAGCGCUUCCAACCGGAUAAGUACGAGGCUUGGAUGAAUGGAACUGAUUUUGGGCCACAUCCCGAAGACCCAUCACACAUAGUGGGGCCGCCGCCACGUGUUAUAGAUUGUGAUAAAGAUGAGGGCAUUGAAUCGUUCACGGAGGAAGGGGAGCACACCCCUAUGAAGAAAGCAUGCAAUAUUGCAACUAAAAACAUACGAAAAAUGUCGUUCAAAGAAAAAAAUCCGGAUUUGGAUUUGAAUGAUAUUCAAAACAAUCCACACAUUCCCGACGAUGUGAAGAUGGUCCUGAGCGGUGCACUGGUAGCAGAUGAUGUAGAUGAUGAUAUUGAGGAUGUGUCACCAAACAAAUCGGAUGCUGGCUCAGAUAGCUUUAAAUCUUCUUCCUACGAUCCGUUCGACUCCGAGGACGAUGACGAUGAAGAGUUCAGCUCAAAGAGCAAGAAACGAAAGAAGAAGAGGGCAGGCAGUGACUAUGACGACGAUUGGUAUUCGUCUCAAGGUAGAUCUUCUAGACGAGUGUCUUCGCCUAGAAAACGACUGUCCAGAGAGCAACAGGCUGCCAAGGCUGAGCGAGAAAAACAACGUUCGGAUCGUCGGGCCAAGCUAGAAGAAAAACGCAAACGUCGAGAAGAGGAGAAGAAAGUGCGCGAUGAAGAGCGCGAACGAGAACGUAAUCAACGGAUGGAGAAAAAGGAACGAGAACGUCUGGAAAAGAAAGAACAGCGUGAAAGAAACGUGUCGGAUUCGAAAAAGAAAGCGUUGGAUAGGAUAAAAGAUCGAAUGAGCAAUGGAAAUAAGUCGCCUAAAAAGCCAGCCAACGGCGCCUCGCCAGCGAUGAAAAAGAUUAAGAGCCAACUGAUGAAAGAGCUCCCACCGCAGUUGAAAAUGUUGGAGCCCCACAAAAAGUUCGAAGGAACAGAUGACAUUAAACAGGAAAUCGAACCAGCUGAAACAAAAAUGGAGGAAGAUUUUGAAACUAUGAGCAAAAAAAUUAAAACUGAGCUAUCCGAUGAGCUGGACAGCGGCUUAGACAUUAAACCAGAAUCUAUAGACAUUAAAAAUGUCAAUGAUGUCCCCUAUGUCAGUGAGAUCAAAUCCGAACCCAACGGAGAGUUGCCGUGUGAGAUCAAGUCUGAACCAAACGAUGAUAUGACCGGAGAGAUCAAAUCCGAACCCAAUGAGGAAUUCCCGUGUCAGAUCAAGAAGGAACCUAACGAGAAACAAAAGUUGUCUAUGGAACAGCUUAUGGCACAACGGGCCAGGUUUCGCCGAAAGCGAACUCCUUACAAUCGUCAUCAGUUACUAGAACUAGAGAAACAUUUUGCAGAGCAACAGUUUGUCAACUUCAAACAACGUGUCGCAAUAGCAGAAGGUCUUGAGCUGACUGAAAGACAGGUUAAAGUGUGGUUCCAGAACAGAAGGGCAAAGGACAAACGAAUAGAAGCCGGCCUCGCAUCGCCAUGGACUCAAUCAAGAUGGGCUACUGGGGCUGCUGGUAAUAUCAUUCCUAGUUUUCGUAAAUCGAUUGAUAAAUCAAAUGCAAAAACCUCAGUAGAAAGUGUGGAGAUAAAGAAAGAAGAAGGCGAAGAAAUAAAGAAGGAAGAUGCGGAUGCCGACGUAGUCAUUGUAGACAAGUCUAACAGGCCAGAAAAAAUGCGUCAAAAACGUACUAAUUUUACAACCGAGCAGCUUGAACUACUGGAAAAAGAAUUCACGGAAAAAAAGUACCUCAACUUCCUCGAGCGGUGUCAACUGGCUUCUGAGCUGAAGCUCAGUGAACAACAGGUACAAGUAUGGUUCCAAAACCGGCGAUCGAGGUGGAAAAAGCUGACCUCUGAAGCUGACAGUCCCGAAAGUAACAAGUACGUAAGCCUCCGUGGAUCGUAUGAUAAUGCGCCAGUCAAAAUUAAAGAUGAGCCCGAGUGGGAUGAAAACGAACCCUUGGAUUAUUCUGGCUUGCAACCGAUCAGUAACAAUUCUCCAGUACUGCACCAACUGAAAGCAGAUCCUAGCCAGAUUAUAGAUCAGCCGGUUAUCGAAAGAUCAGAACUUGAAAUGAUAAGUGAUGCUAUUCGGGCCUUAUCCGGUGCUGAUGAUGAUCUUCAUCGUAGUGAGAACGAGUAUAAUAAUAGUGUUCCGCCGCUUGGACCGGUAAAGUUAGAGCCAACUUCGCCGUUAGAUAAGUCUCCCGAGUAUCCUCCAUUUUAUUCGCGGGCAGAUCAGCCCGUUGAUCCUGAUAUUAUGGACCUAUCGAUUUCUACAAGAACGGCACCAUUGAAACAAACAGAAACACAUCAGCGCUCACCUAACAGCGUUCCCAAUAUGGUACAAGAGAAUGAUAUAAAAAUCGAAAACAAUUCGAUUGACCAUAAAAUUACAGAAGAAACAGAAGAAAUGGAUACAACAGAUACUACGAAUUGUGCAGAACCUGAAACUAAAUUCCAAGCUGAUGAAACUAAGCAAAUUGUGGAUGAUUUGCUAAACGAUACUAAAUGUGAGAAAGAAAAGAUCUCAUCUGUCGACAGUCCUGAUACAUCACAAGUUGCCAUGAAAAUUGAAAACGGUACAGCUGUUACUUUCAAGGAAAUAUGUGCUCCCGAAAUCGCUGCAGACUGUACUAUGUCUGAGCCAAUGGACAGCCAAUCUCAAGAGCCCAUGGACACCGAGAAGUCUUCAAAUAAUAUGGAUGGAGACAUUAGUGCAUCUGUUAUCGAUUCUGCUGCAACGCAAUCCGUUCCAAUAAAAGUCGAAAAAGAACUUACUGAUGCUGUUAGUGAAAGUUCUACGGGUACAACUGAUCAAGAACCCAUGGAUAUUCAAAAUGAUCUGCGUAAUAAUGUUGAAGUCGAUGAAAAACUAUCAACAGGUUCGUCACUUUAUAAACUAAUUGAAGAUGUCGAAAAACUUCAAGACGGUAGAUGUAGUCCAACGUCAAACAUAGGAACUGAGACUAAAACUAAGGAAAUUGAACCUACGAAUACUGCAGGAAGUAUAACAUCUGAAGUAGAUAAAUUAAAUGAUUCCUGUACUGAACUAGAUACUGAAACCAAAAUGGCAAGUAAAGAUAUCCGUGAUGAAUCACUAGACAAAGAACAAGAAUCAUUGGAUAAAAAACAAGAAAGUAGCAAUUGUAAUUCGACAUCUGAUAAAACCGUUCCUACGGCAAACGAUCUCAAAAGCAUAGACGAGAAAUCAACCACAGAAGAUAAAAUAAGUCCUGGCGAUGAUUUACUCAUCAGUUCAGCUGUGCAGUGUUCUGAUAAUGCUGACUUAGUGUCUGUUCCGGUAACAGCCGAUGAUUCCCAAAAAGAAACAAGUGAUAUGCAACAAAAACUGGAUAAUGGGGUUCAAGACUGCUUGCCAGACACUAAUUCCGGUACUGCAGACAAAGAGCUUGUAUCUACCACAGAAGUAUCACAAUCAGAUGUAAGCGAACAAACGAAAUCUAUCACAGCAGAAGCCAAAGCUGUCUUGGCGAUAGCAAAUUCAAACGAUAACAACACCGCGAAAAUAGAGUCCACUGAAGAGAAAGCAGCAGCAGUUCCGAUAGAAGAACCAAUGAUCAAAGCUGAAAUAUAAUGAAAGCGACUGAAUGAUUCGAAGACUACUCGGUGUUUGCAAAAACGCAAUAGCAAACUUAAGGAGAAGAGGAAGAUACGUUUAUGUGAUUAGAUUUUUUAUUUUACUAGUUUUAUUUCAGUAUUUUAUAACAUAAAAUAUUUCCUUAUAUUUUUGGAAAUCGUGUUUACAAAAUCGAUCGGUUUUUUUUCUACGAAUAAGUUUAACGCUUGGGAAGCUCAAGCAUUUGGUUAUAUUAGUUUCUCGUUCACUCUAAUACGAGCACGAGCAUUCAUGUGCAACAUUUCUCAUCGCGUAUUAGUGUUUCGUUUGAAAACUAAUGACUUUUAAAGCAAAAUAAAAGAAAUUAUGCAAGUGGUUUUAAAUCGUUUAGUAAAAUAUUGGAAUCGAAUUUAAUUUUUGGAAAAUUAUUCUCUAUCGCUUACAGCAGUCCACAGAACCAGUACGAAAUUAGUGUAAAUGUUCAAUUAAGAUUCGAGAGCCACUUAAUAUAUAAUCAUCACAUUAGAAAUGUUCGUAGUUAUAAGUUUUGAUGUUCGUCGGAACUGAUACAUCACGAUUCACGUAAAUAAAAAAAUAAAACAUACGAUUAUAACGAAA